AUGAGUAUUCCAGACAACAAAUCUAUCAGCCUUCCACAGACCAGGGUCAAGGUCUUUUACCGUGAGCAGGGCCCGGCCGACGCUCCGGUCGUGUUAUUACUUCACGGCUUUCCAUCCUCCUCCCACCAGUAUCGACACCUCAUCCCGCUGCUGGCCAAAAACUACCAUGUGGUAGCCCCCGACCUUCCAGGAUUCGGCUUCACGGAAGCACCCGCGGACUUCAAAUAUACAUUCGACAAUCUGGCAAUGACGGUCUCGGAGUUUCUGUACGAGCUUUCCAUCUACCGAUUCUCGAUGUACAUCUUCGACUAUGGCGCACCGACCGGGCUUAUAGUUGCACUCCAGCAGCCACACGCCGUUCAAGCGAUCAUAACACAGAAUGGAAAUGCCUACGUCGAAGGCCUCGGCGACGUCUGGGCUCCGAUCAAGCAGUUUUGGGCGAGCGACAACACAUCCGAAGAUCGAGCCAAGAUUGAUCAAGUCAUGCUGAACCUCGACAUGACCAAGUUCCAGUACGAGAAUGGCACGCCAGAUAUCAGUCGAAUCGCACCAGAGACGUACACGCUCGACUAUGCGUUGAUGGAGCGACCCGGUAAUAAGGAGAUCCAAGUAGAUCUGUUUUUCGAUUAUCAGAAUAAUGUUCGCCGCUAUGAUGAGUUCCACGAAUAUUUCCGAAAUUCGCAGGUGCCGCUGUUGGCAAUUUGGGGAAAGAACGAUGUUUUUUUCAUCCCUCCCGGUGCCGAAGCAUUUAAAAAGGAUCUCCCCCAGGCUGUGAUCAAAUUGAUUGAUGCAGGCCACUUUGCCGUCGAGAGUGACACUGCGCUCAUCGCCGAAGAGAUCUUGGAAUUUUUGGCCAAGAGCAGCAUUUAG